UCCACUCUCUAUUGACACAGGGCUGUUUGCAUCAAUGAGGAAUUUAUAAACAGAUGUAGUGGCAGGGUGUUUCUGUUUUGUUUGGAGCGUCUCUUCGCCAGGGUCUGGUUGUCACAGGGAAGUGACGACAGGCUGUUGGAAGCAGUCAGUAGUGUUAACCGGCUUCAGUGAGGACAGAGUUCCCCGGGAGCAGGGAGAAUGGGUCCGCGGGCGCUGGCGGCCAGGCUGCCGGGGAACGCUGUGAAGGAGUUGCUCCGGUACCGGGGUGAAGCUGCUCCUCUCGGGAGGCUGCUCUCCGUCCCGGGCUCGGGGCCGGCGCUGCAGCGGCGUUCGCCGGGGAGCCGCAUCGUUACAACCGCGGCGGCUCCUUACAGCAGCAGCAGCGCCGUGGACAUGAGGAGCUACUUAUGGGCGAUGUACAAGGAGACCAAGAAAGUGAGCGAAGACUUGACCUUUCCAGGGAGAUUGAAUUUCCUAAAUCCGGAUGGAAUAUUUGCCAACAAUGAGGUCUGUCUGUCUGACAUUGAGAUUUAUGGCUUCGACUACGACUACACACUAGCCUUUUACUCCAGCAACUUGCAUACUCUCAUCUUCAACGCUGCACGGGAAAUCCUCAUCCAGCAGCAUAAAUAUCCCGAAGACCUGAGGAACUAUGAUUACAAUCCCAACUUUGUGAUACGUGGACUUCAUUACGAUGUACAAAAGGGAAUAGUGAUGAAGAUUGAUGCCUUUCACUACAUUCAACUAGGAACCACAUACAGGGGACUCAGCCCAGUUCCGGAUGAACAAGUCAUCAAAAUGUACGAAGGGACCCACGUUCCUCUGGAGCACAUGAGUGAUUUCUAUGGCAAGAGUUCACAUGGCUUUACAAUGAAACAAUUCAUGGACAUAUUUUCACUGCCAGAGCUGACUCUGCUUUCCUGUGUCAAUGAUUAUUUCAUCAAGCAGAACAUCGACUUUGAGCCAGUUUAUCUUUACAAGGAUGUUAAGGAAGUAAUCCGAGAUGUCCACGUUAAAGGAAUAUUGUAUGCAGCAGUUGAACAAGACAUUGAUAAAUACAUAUCUCAUGAGGAGAAAACAAGUGCUGUCUUGGGAAGAUUGAUUGACAGUGGCAAGAAACUUUUCCUAAUAACCAACAGCCCUUUCAGUUUUGUUGAUAAAGGAAUGCAGUACAUGGUUGGCAAAGAUUGGCGAGACCUAUUUGACAUCAUCAUUGUUCAGGCUGAGAAGCCAGCAUUCUUCAAUGACAACCGAAGACCGUUCAGGAGAGCAAAUCAAAGAGAUCAAUUGCACUGGGACAAAAUCAGCAAAUUAGAGAAAGGAAAGAUCUACAAACAGGGCAACCUGUAUGAAUUUUUAAAGCUCACUGGAUGGACUGGCUCGAAGGUACUUUAUUUUGGGGAUCAUAUUUACAGUGAUCUGGCUGAUCUGACCCUGAAGCAUGGCUGGAGAACUGGUGCAAUUAUUCCUGAGCUGCGAUCGGAGAUUAAAACGAUGAAUACAGACACGUACAAUCAGGUAGUUGUGUGGUUGCAGGGUCUCACUGGGCUGCUUGAACGUAUGCAGACUUAUGAAGAUGCAGAGUCACGGAUGGUGCUACAAGAAUGGAUCAAGGAGAGAAAUGAGUUACGGGAAGCGACCAAGACCAUCUUUAACCCCCAGUUUGGGAGCAUUUUUAGAACCCACCAUAAUCCUACCUAUUUCUCUCGACGGCUCUCGCGCUUCGCUGAUAUAUACAUGGCAUCCCUGAGCUGCAUCUUGAACUACAAUCUGCACAACACGUUCUACCCUCGGAGAACACCACUGCAGCAUGAAGCCUCACUCUGGUCCGACCAGAUUGGUGCCAGCCCAUUCAAAUACCCCGAUGUCGAGGGGUUGGCUCAGAUUAAAUGAUCUGCCGUGUCUAACUGAGUCAUGCGCUUCGGCCCCACACAAAACAGUUCAGAACUUUGCUUUAGUUGUUUGUGUAAAUCUCUCAUUGUAUCUGGGCUUUCAGUGGCUGUAACGACAAGCUACGGUUGAACAUUGCUAGAGUGUGGUCAGCUAAGCUUUCGUAUUGUCUUCCAUGGCGAGAGUGGCAAAUCGUCGCCAAAAUUUCAUUUCCCACAGCGUGUUAGUCUGUGGUUUUAGGUUGCCUGGGGAACAGGUUGGGUAACAUCAGGCACCUAUUUGUGUGGCGUCAUGCUGGGAGUGGAAGUGCUCACAGCCUCAGUGUUUGUCGAGACGCAGGCAAAGGUUAGCUGAUAAAUCUCCUUUACAAGAGAGAGGAGCAGAAAGACUGGCAUUUGGAAAUGAAGGUAUCCUGAACUCCUCUGUGUGUGCACGAGACUUGCUCGUAAAGCAGGAUUGCUAAGUGUUAGUACUAAGGAGAAUUGAGGUUACUUAAUAUUUACAGCCAGCAGAUAUGCUUUAGUGGAGAAUGUUUCUGUAAGCUCAAAGUGUACAUAGAGACUGCCUUAAGGGCAGAACAUGCACAACAUGUACUUGCUACAUUGACUCUGCUAUCUCUCUCAAGCGUGCUAGUCACAGAUAAGCAAGUGCAAUGCUGGCAAAUCCCUCGUAAGGAGAUCGUUGCCAACUCCUAGUUAGUCAGUGUUGGUGCAAUCAUUCCUGUCUAAUUAUCUGUGCAUUUUGUAUAUUGUUCGCUAGAUCUGUUGCAUAAGUCAUAAGCUGUAUUUAUAUGUGAUAAAUGUUGUUCAAUAGGUUUCUGAAGCAAAUGCAUGAGAAUUAGCAUCUGAGAGAACAGAUUGACCACUGCUGAGAGAGACUGUCAUUAGAUGGCAUUUAAACGGGAGGUGGGCAGUGAUAGGUGAAGAAGGUUAAGGAGGGGAGGGUCUAGACACUGAAAGCUGUGUUGCUAAGUAGGACUUGCUGAGAAGGUGAUUGGAUACACACCGAGUGAGUCAGAGGGCAAGCUGGGGUAGAGAGCUGGCAUGAAAAACGUUAACAUCUUGACGUUAGCCAUGUAAGACAUUGCAUUUGGUCAUGGCCUGAUUGUUGAGAAAUUUCCUGCUGGUUUUUGAACAUGGUUCCUUGUGUUAUCCCUUUAGUGCACAGUAUUCCUUCAGAAAUACACUUGAACAAAAUGUUUUGUUUGCACUGUUACUGAUCUGGAGUGAGUAUUAAAAUGUAACGGCAACAUUAACAUCUAAAGAAAUGUUUUGCAAAUGUAAACUACAAGACCUAAAAUCUGGCUGAUUGCAGUUUUUUAGAAUCAUUGAGCACAGGAGCAGACCAUUUGGGAGCACUCCAUCUGUGCAGCUCUUUGAAAGAAUUGGGUCCAAUCUCAGCCCCUUGCUCCAAGGGAAAUUUUGUACUUUCAAGUAUGUUUAUAGUGUACAUUAACUAAAUUUGGCCUUUAAUUCCAAUUCCCUCUUGAAAGUUACUCAUGAAUCUUCUUGAAUUGACCUUUCUGAUAAUGACGUGGAAUACACUAAUUUGUGGUAAAUGUUUUUAAAAAUCCUCAUUUCCUGUCUUGAUUCCUUUGCCAGUUAUCUUCGAUCAUUGCCCUCCUGGAUGAACUCCCUAUUUACUCUAGCAAAACCCUGAAUAAUUUUGAACACCCCUAUUACAUCUCCUGCUAAUCUCUUCUGCAGUAAGGAGAAUGUUACCAGCAUCUUUUGUUUCGCUGCUAAACUGAAGACCCCCAUCCACAUUGAAGGAUGUUCACCCAUAUUCCCAUCUUAUCACUGUUCCUUCUUCAGCCAGAAUUUGCAUUGUCUUGUGUGUUGAAUUAGUUGUUAAAUUUGUCUUUGGUCUCCUUGCUGUCCAGGAACUGGGCUGUUAAAUCUUGAUUUUUAUGUUAAGAGCAGUUCCGUCCAGUAGAAGCAAGAAACCUUCAUUCUAAUUGUUCAGGCUGGAUCUGAACAAAACUUCAAAAGGUUUUAACCAGAUCUAUCCACAACUCUUGGCACUGCUGUAAAUAUUUUAAGAAUGUUAUUGCCUUCUGUUCCUGGUGAGCACUCCAAAUAGUUUAUAGGAGAAGCAACUGUAUUUAAUUUCUUAAGUUACCUUUGUGCUUUUUGUGAUUUGGAUGUUUUAUGUUGCUUGUUUAACCCUUUAAAGCAUUUUGGUAGUUUUCUUUGUUUUGAUACUGGCUUGGUCCUGUCAGAAGUGUGUGAGCAUGUCUAUAAACUGGGCUGUGCUGGGUGGGGUUGUGUUUGAUGGUUUUCUGAACGUCCAAUGAAACCUUCUUUGUAGCUGUAGUCUUUUGCUCAUUAAUACCCCUGAACUGCAGACAAUGAGCUUCUACUUUAUGGUGAAUUGCAAUGUCCACUCUUGGGAAGAUUUUGCUUGUGAUUUCAAACUGGUCUCACUGUUGCAGUUUGCAGGAAUUCAGGGAAAUUUAAAUAUCCACAGAUUUUAAAAUCUUGCCCCAAAACUCUAACUUCCCAAUUGAAAUGAAAAUCCAUUUGGUAAUAAGUGGUCUUAAAUGAUAUUUCGAUAAUCUACUGAAUAGAAUGGUUGUAUGUAUUUGACUUAAUCUCUUCAGAUGCAUUCUGAUCAAGAUUAUCUUAACUGAUUGUUUUAAGAAAUUCUAUGAGCUGUUUUCUAAAUGCAAGACAAAAAUCAGCUUAUUCAACACUAAAAUCCUUCGAAAAUUGUAAUUAUGGUUCUCUAUUUUUCUAACUGUCUAGGUGUGUUUUAUGAGAAAAGUGAUACAAUCUAAGAUGAUUACAGCAUGCCACUGCCAUUGUAAUCCAUGUUAUACUCUUCCUUGCUAGUCUCAAAGAGUUUAAGCAGUGGUUAUGCAAUGAAAUCAUAGGAAGCUACACUUUGUGUCCAGUGUUUUAGUUUAAAUGUCAUGCAAAUCAGUUGUGUUUCUCUCUAACAACAAGAGAUAAGUGCAGAUAAUUUUAAAACUGUGUUUUAUCUUUUCCCAAAAUGUUUCAUUGCAGUAAAAGAUUGCAGUGUUUCAAAUAGAUGCGACAAGCGUAGUUUGUGUACUCCUGGGUUUGUUUUAGAAAGGAGUUUGAUAAAUUGGGAAGUCCAAUAGUAGUUUGGAAUGUCUGUGUAAUGUAUGAUUUUAUAGUAAAUUUGUAGUGGGGAUUCUUUCUGUAUGCUGUGCCAAUAAUAAAGAAACUAAGAGGA